UGUCACUCACAAUCGCUCUCAACUCAUUGAAAGAAUAAGGAUACAUUCGCAAUGAUCUGUGGACGCACGGCUGUAUGCCCACGUCGCUCUAUGACGAUACGGAUGUGCCUCAAUUUCUUAUGGUUUGUUUGGUUCUUCAUUAUUGUGGAUGGAGCAGACACGUCGAACAAUUCGUCAAAUGGUACGUUCUGGAACCUGUUUGAUAAGUAUUCUAAGAAAUCCCCCGAAGACAUCGCACGAUAUCUUAUAAAAACAGCAACACCUGGCGUUCGGCAUCGUAUAGUGACAGAUGUGAGCACCUCAGAGAAGGGGCACCGGCUCGUAGAAAUCUUUCAAGACAAGAACGACACAGCGCUGGACUGCAAUAUUCUGGGAGAUAGACGUUUAAUCCAAGCGGCGCUGAUGCUCAUUCCAAGCGCCGUGGUUACAAACGUAGAAGAACAACAUAUGGAUUACUUCGUCGAUCUGUGUUAUAACAGGACUGAAUCAAAGACGAUGUUCCAGUCGAUCCUGACUUAUAUCAAUGGAGUGUUUAAAAGUCUCUUUAUUUUCCCAGGUACCAAAUGGUGUGGCGCUGGCGACGUAGCUAAAAAUUAUGAUGACCUAGGACGUCUGAAUGCUACCGACGCCUGCUGCCGUGAACACGAUAACUCGCAAAACAUCCCAGCAUUUACGGAGAAACACGGUAUUAAAAAUUGGCACCUGUACACAAUGACACACUGCGUGAAGGAUAGACGAUUCUACAACUGCCUUCUCGGCGAUCGUAGUGCGCCUUCGGUUGUAGUCGGGAAGACGUUCUUCAAUAUCCUCAAGGUUGAAUGUUACAUUGAAACGUACCCUAAGAAAUGUGUGAGGAAAAACUGGUUUUACAUCCCUCUGCUGACGACGAAAUGCAAUGAGUAUGAACUUGACAAGUCGGAAAAACGAGAGUGGCAGAAGUUCAGUGCACCAAACUUCAUGCGAGAUUUUCUGAAGAAAAUGCGCGAGAAAUUGGAAAUGUAAUAAAAUCAUUUGACGUACAUAUGCUACA